AUGAUGCAGUGGUUGGAAGACUUGAGUACAAUAUUCCACGGUCCGGAACGUCUUCGGAUCCAGAUGUCGAUAACCGACGCCAGUAAGGCGUUUGUUAAGGGCCUGUCGUACAAGGUCGAGAACAUUCACUCCAUUCGGUGCAAGCAUCAUCUCACAGAAUCUAUCAAGAAAAGCUCUCUCUCUAAAGCGGCGAAGGAGUACGUAGCAUCCGUCGUUGAUGAUCUGUAUGGGUGCGCCGGGAAGCUGGUAUUCUGCAAGUUCCGAGAUCUGCUGUUGGACAAAAUAGCUAAGGAGUUCGGCGACAGAGACGAGGUUCACUGUCGGCAGAGUUGGAGUCCCACGUGCGGAGUUAUGUAUGGUGUGUGCCCGCUCCCCCUGGUUGUCGCCGACGGAGUAUAUGCCAAAGCUCCCUUAUUCAACAACGUGUGCGAAGGGACGUUCUCGACCCUUAGAACGUUCAGUGGAAAGAAGGCCGCGAAGGUGGGAGGAGUGGCGGGGAUGAUAAACCUCACGCGCAUGUUCUUGGUGGGCUACGGGGACGUCGGCCGUCUCUGUCGAGUGUGCCCGACAACGACAUUCCAUCUGCAAGGGCCGCUCCCGAGCAUGAGGAAGAAAGCUGAGGAUAGAUUGACAGCCGUCGAACAUUCCGGUGAUAUAUGCAGAGAAGUCGACGUUGGCGUCGAGCAGGUCCGGGUCUUCACAGUGCCAUCCUCUAGGCGGACUAGGAAGGUGGUGACAAGAGAGGAGGCUAUCGAGCGUGUGGCCCUAUCGCUGGGGCUGCCCUGCGAGAUAGGGAGCGUGGAGGAGUUCCGCGAGAAGAUUCUACAAGUCAAUUUGGUCGUGACGUUGACGGAAGACAGUAAAAACUUCCACUGUGGGGCAACAAUCUGCUCUUGCGGGACUUUCAACAAGUUAUUCACCUGCUCGCACGUGGCGCUUGUAUCCACUGUGAUCGCCCGCGAAGCUGGACGUGGGACGAGCGGCAUGGAUAUCCGGUUGCCGACGGUCACUUGGGGCGGAAGGCCGACGGGAAAGAGAGGCCCACUGGUUAGAACGAAGACGGAUGUUGUGGCUCAGGGCCAGGCUAAGGGGCAAGAGAUCGCGACUCUUGCCGCAGCCGGAACUUUCAAGAGCCCUCAAGUGAAGCGAGCCGGCCAACCCGUGUGGGACUUAGCCGUGCGCCAGGGUGAGGUAAACAACAUCGAGGUCGAGGCAGCUGAAAGCCUAGACAUGAUCGAGGAUGGUCAGGGCGACAUAAACAACACCGUGGUCCAGGCAACUGCAAGCCUAGGCAUGAUCGAUGAUGGUCAAGGCGAGGUAAACUACAUCGGGGCCCAGGCAACUGCAAGCCUAGGCAUGAUCGAUGAUGGUCAGCCUGAGGAAAGCAAGACCAUUGGCAAGGGAACAAUGAGCCCAGGCACCAUGGGUACUAGGCGGUCGAAGCGUCAAAGAAAAGAGCCAUCCCGUUAUCGUGACUUCAUAAAGCUGUGA